AUGACUACAGGAACUUUACCAUCAACACCAGAAAAUGAACCAUUGAUUAAAUCAGCUGAUAAUGUUGCUAAUUUAAUUGAAUCAUUUAUAGAAUUAGGUGUAUUGGUUCAUGAUAAUCAAGGAACUCCACAAUCAAAUCAAGCAUUAAUGAAUAAAUUAAAUCAAUUGAUUCAACAAUUAUCUCAAACAUCAACCAUUGCCAAUGAUACAAAUACUAAUACAAAUUUGAAACAAUUUCUUAUACCAAUUGAUGUGAUUUCAUAUAUUGAAGAUGGAAGAAAUCCUGAUAUAUAUACUCGAGAAUUUAUUGAAGUUAAUGCUAAAAGUAAUGCUCGAUUAAAAGGGAAAAUGUUGGGGUUUAAAAAAUUACGUGAUGUUUUCAGUGAUAAGUUGAAACAAGAAUUUCCUCAAUUGGAAAAAAGUGUUGAUGAUAUAAUUAAACGAACCGAUGAUAAUUAA